CUUUCAGAUAUUCAUUGCAAAAUUUGUCAGCAACAAACUGGAGAACAUCACCGUUUUUAUAGUUUUCAAAAUUCUUACGAUCUGGCAGCACUAGCGAUGGCCACCACAUUGAGCUUCUUGGGUCGCCGAAGGAUCAUCGACUCUUGCCGACGUCUGCUGAGUACGGAUUUGGUUACAGCCCUCCGUCCGUUCUACCAGGCCAUCCAGACGGAUCGCCUGUCCGGCAAUCCGGCGGAGAAGCGGGUCAACGAGGAAUCACUGCGUAUGCUUAGCUCCCAUCUGGAAUCCCUGACCGGAACAUCUGGAAGUUGUCUUCCCCCCGAUGGUCAGCUGCAGUUCUACAUGUCCUCGGCUCCGGACUCGGGUUCGGUUACGGAUGAGACCGGAGGUCAGGUGGCGGCCAGUCGUCUGGUGAGAGUGCAGGUGGACCGGAGUCUGCUGGAUCCCAGAGCCGUAAUCCGGAACAUUCUGCGGUCCUGCAAGCUACUGCCAAAGGAGCAGGAACGGGAUCUGGAACAGGUACAGGUACAGGGACAGGAGAUGGUAAGAGAGCUAGAGAAAGUGCUGAGGAGAAACAAAUUGAAACCGGCCAGGGAAAAGAUACGACCGCCGCAGGCGCCACUCCAAAAGCAAAACACUCGUAAUGCCCUGAAGGAAUGGUUUGUGGAUGCCGGAAAGGAGCACCCGCUGGACACUUGGAUGCGACAGGCGUUGGCCCGUUCGCAGGCCUCGGAAGUGACCAGCCUGCGCUCCAAGAUCGAGGAUCUGGAGGGCUCUUUGGUCCAAUUGCUGGGCAUUCGAGGAUCGCGCUACGAUUGCGGUUGCAACAUGGAGCGCUAUCACGAUUGCCUCCGGAGUCUUAAGGAGCUGGCCGCUCAGGAUGGGCAACAGGGUGUGACCAGCAAUCAGCUGCUGGGAGCUCUGCGCAAUCGAUUCGUGGCCUUUGCCCCGUACACGGGCAUUAGUUUGGAGGGCGAUGUGAUGCUCUUCUCCGGCGAUUCACCAGCCGGCUGGCUGGCUUUCCUAGCCGAGAUGCGUCUGCACGAGGAGCAAUUGAAGCUGGUGCCGCUGUACGAGAAGGCCUUGUCCGCCGUACUUCUUGGCAUCCGGAUCGAGAGGCGCAAGUUGCCGGAGCCAGGCUGUGAGGCUCGUGCAUAUGCCGGCAGUCUCAAGCGGGUGAUACGAGCGGUCAGUGAGCAUUUGAAGCUGGAGGAGAAUGUCCAGGAGCUGCCGGCCACGCUGCAGGAUCAUCAGCUGGCCGUUGUGCCGGACAGUGAUGCGCCCAAGGUCAGCCAAACGGGUCUCUUCUUGGCCCCCGCCUCGUGUUCGGGCCCCGAUCUGAUCGAAUUCAUUUGCCGCAACCUGGAGUUGGCCAGUGGCCGCUGCAGUCGCUAUCGCCGGGACAUCCAGGUGGAGCGGCAGUUGUGGCGGCACUGCCAGCAGGAACUGGGCCUGCAGCGACUCAGCAAGGACGACUCGGUGACGCCCGACAAAAUGGUCCUGGCCCUGCGCCAUUUACUCCAAAGCGGCGUCCAAUCCUGCCGAGGUCUCAGUCUGCACAUCACCAACUAUUGGUCGGUGCCCAUCGAUGGCAUCGUCUGCAUUCCCUGGGACUUUAUGCUCCGGGAGCAGCAAUAGGACAUAUAGGUGUGCCACCUCUGAAUUCUUAAAUUAAUCGAUAUGUUUGGGUUUCUUAUGAAAAUAAUUCGUUAUCCUGGA